AUGGACCUCGACAACAAUCGACGGACGGAGGUUGCACAACUCAACAAUACGUUCACUUCUUGCGGUCCCCAUCCUUCCUUUGUACUUGUCAAGCUGGUUCGCACAUAUCAACUUAAAGAAGCUCUCACAGAGGAGACUGGUUCUGAGAAUCUUCAUCCGUCAACCUUCACCCAUCAAGCCCCAAGCAUGGCUUUCAUGUCAGCUUCAGCCACCUACCUGGAGUGCCUUCGUUCGGAGUUACGGCUGCACAUGAACGCUCACAUGGUCUACUGCAUCAGAAAUUUCCAUCGGCUGCUCCUAGAUGACCUCUACCAAUCCGACUUCUUCUGCUACUUCGACGAUUGCAACUCUGAAAAAUUUGCGUUCAAGGUCGACACUUCUUCGGGGCUGGUGUCAUUUGAGGACGUAGAUUUUCCGUACAAAUCGCUCUCGGUCAUCUACCUCGAGGACCGCAUCAAGGAGUUCGAUUUCGACGACAAGAUUCGGCAGAUCUUCAACUUGUACAGCCAACUCUUCAUUGACGACCUCCGACGUCUCAUGACAUUGAAACUCGAGCUGGACGACAUGUUGUUCGUUGUUGACGAUGAGCUCGGUUUCAUCAUCCUGCCUUCUGUCCUUUGA